AACACAAACACAACCCAAACACAACAGAGCCGUCCCUCUCCUCCUGCUCGCUCUCUCUCUCUCUCUCCAUCUAGGGUUUCGCCUUCCUCUCCUCCAAGGCGGCGGCGGCGAUAUGUGCAAAACCAUCGAAGUCGCCGUCGUAGAACCACCACAACUCAACCCUCUCACGAAGCUCUCGCCGCCGAGCCUCGACGACUUCGACCCCACCGACGACGACGGGUUUUAUAUUCCUCCUCUGAACUUCGCGAUGGUCGACAAUGGCAUUUUCAGGUCCGGUUUCCCUGACACCGCCAACUUCCCCUUCCUCCAAUCCCUAGGCCUCCGUUCCAUCAUAUGCCUUUGUCCAGAACCGUACCCGGAGGCAAAUGCCGAGUUUGUCAAGUCAAAUGGGAUUCAAUUAUUUCAAUUCGGGAUCGAAGGUUGCAAGGAUGAAGUAGUUGCAAACAUUUUCGAUGAGAAGGUUCAAGCUAGAGAGACAGCUGAAUCUGAGGGACAUGCAAUGCUGAUGAGAGUGGUUAAUGGGCUUAAAUCUUUCCGGCAUGCAGUGAAGUUGGCCCCGGAGGUGUGGACUGCUAUGCUAAUCCGCAUGACAGUGAAACCCGAGGCUCACAAAUUUACAUUUGACAUCAUUUCAGCCUUAUUGAUACAUUUUAGCCGAAAAAUUCCAGAGACCUUUUGGAUUUGUAUAUCUAGAAUUCUUCACAAGUUGGUGAAAAAUUAUAGCCAUGUCGAUUUAUGAUUUAGGUGGAUUCUUCAUUUGCUCAUUUUUUUUCUCUAGCUAUUUAUUUAUUUGAGUGAAACUAUUUGUCUGAUGCAAUUUUAAAGAUUAUAUAUCUGAGUUUGGCUCCGAAAGUUGAGUGAUUGUAAAAUACUUUUUUUAGUAGUGUUUGUAAAA